AUGAUAUGCGAAGACCUCCUACCAUUUUCGUUCGUCGAAGGCUCGGGUGCCAAGAGAUUCUUCGUCCGUCGGGGUAUCGUUCCGACUUUGUCCGAUUUGCCGGUUCGCAGUACGAUCUCCAGAGGCGCUCUGAAUGACGUCUACAACACACUCAAGGAAAUUGUGAUGGAAAAGCUCCCCAAGGACUCCGCGUUUCACGUGUCGACUGACACUUGGACUGACCGCUAUCGUCAGCUCCCCUACAUAGCUAUCGUCGUGCAUUAUUUGACCGAGAACUUUGAGUUGAUGUGCGUUCCUCUGAAGACCGAUUUCUUCCCUGGCCCACAUACGGGUCCAGCUAUCUCAGAAGAAAUCAGGGCCACCCUGAAAGACUUCAAUUUGAAUGGAAGCUUCAUGUUCGCGGCAGUCUCAGAUUCUGCUAGCAACAUGACUCGGGGGUUGAAAGAAUUCAUUCACAUCCGAUGCGCCGAUCAUCGUAUGCAUCGUGCUCUCACGGCCGAUUUUUAUAAAACCGCCGCUGGCAAGAGAGUGCUUCAGCUGCGUUGCAGUCUUAUGAAAAUGAUCGUCGUCUGA